GGCGGGCUCGGCAAGUUGCCCGGCUCGGCCUCCCUCUCGCUCGGUGUUGGUCGGCCUCCGCCGCUCCUCCUCCGCCGGGCGGGCAGGUGUUGCUCGGUGUUGGUCGGCCUCCCUCUCGCGCCGCUCCUCCUCCGCCUGAGCGGCCGUGCGCUCUGCCGCCGCCCAUCAUGCAAGCCUCGCUGAUUGAGCAGGAGCUCGAGCCGGCGGACGCGCCCGCCCCGGGCCCCUCCUGCGCCGAGCCCGCGGGCGAGUUUGGCCCGCGCUGGACGCCAGUCGAUUUUGUGGGCGGCUCUCCCGGCUCGCGGGUUUUUCCUUCGGCGGUCGUUUCAGGCGCGUGCGUGUACAUCUUUGGCGGCCACAACGGAACGACAUACCGCAACGACCUGCUCGUCCUGUCCCUCGAGACGCGCUCGUGGACCGUCGACUCUGAAGUCGAUGGCGACGGCCGCCCCACGCCGCGAGACGCGCAUGCAGCCGUCCUGCUCGGCGGCCGGCUGUACGUGUUCGGAGGCUACGACUCGAAGCGGUACCUCGCGGACUUCCACUCUUACGGCCUCGACAGCGGCGAGUGGCGCGUCGAGGCCGCCUCCGGCUCCCCCCCCUCCCCACGGGGCGGCCACGCCGCAGUGGUGCAUGGCAGCCGGCUGAUUGUGUUUGGCGGCUGCGACGGAUGGAAUUACUUCAACGACACGCUCGCCUUCGACGUGCAGUCCGCCGAGUGGGCGCCGGUGCGGGUCGCGGGGACGGCGCCAGGCGCGCGUUCUGCCCCGUCGACCGCCGUGCACGAGGCGACCAACGCGCUGUAUGUCUUUGGCGGGUAUGAUGGCGCCCGCUCGCUCAACGACCUCUUUCGGAUGGACCUGCGGACCAGCGAGUGGGCCCCCGUCCGCACGAGCGGCGUGCCCCCGUCGCCGAGGGGAGGCCACACCGCCGUCGUGCACGGCGACCGCAUCUACACCUUCGGAGGCAAGUCUGGCCGCUCGCCCUUCAACGACCUCUGCUGCCUCGACCUCACCUCGGGUGUGUGGGAGGCGGUGCGGGCAGGCUCGCCCGCGCCCGCGCCGCGCUGCGCGCACGUCAGCGUGGUGCACGGCGGUUCGCUCCUCAUCUUUGGGGGGUACGACGGGCGGCACUACUUUAGCGACUGCUUCGAGUGGUCCCUCGAGGCGGACCGAGGCGCGGCGUCGCAGGCGCUCGCGGGCGACCUCGAGUGCAUGGUGGAGAGCGGUCAGUUCUCCGACAUCUGGUUCGAGGUGGAGGGAAAGACGGUGCCCGCGCACAAGUUCCUCCUCUUUGCGCGCUGCGAGUACUUUCGGCGCAUGUUCACCUCCGGCUACGCCGAGGCGGCGGCACAGACAGUGCGCAUCGAGGGCGUCUCGCACGCGGCCUUCAAGCAGGUGCUGCACUAUUUGUACUCUGGCCGGCCGCGCGAGAUGAACGCCGAGGCGGCGCUCGAGGUGCUCGCCGCCGCCAACCUCUACGGCGUCGAGCCGCUCAAGAGGGCCGCUGCGGAGAUCAUCGGCCGCAGCUUGACGCCCGAGAACGCCGCGGCGGUCCUCUCCGCCGCCGACUCGUACCAGGCGCCGGCGCUGCGCGCCCAGGCGACGGCAUUCAUCGUCCGCCACUUCGCCGCCGUCGUGCAGACAGACGCCUUCGCCGAGUUGGUCUCGGAGCGGUCGCGGCCGCUGCUGCUCGCGCUGCUGCGCGAGGUUGGCACCGUCGUCUCGCCCGCGGGGCUGGCGGCGUCGGACGGGCUGCUCGGCGUGGCGGGCGGGCUGCCAGCCGGCGGCUACGCCCGCCGCCGCCCGGACGCGCGCUCGCCGGCGGACGCGGUGAGGCAGCUAGACGAGCUCGGCAUCCGGGGCAUUGCCGAUGCGGAGUGAGAGAGCGCGCACACGUACACAAAGUAUGGCCGCACACUCCACACACAAUGCGUGUACACACGCCGCAAGGGAAAACGGGGAUUUUCUUGUGUUUCGUUCCUAGCGAACGUUUUGCGUUUGUUUUCCCGAAGGAUUUCACCGC